ACAAAGGAAAAAGAGAAAAAAAUUAAAAAAAAGAAGGAAUAAAAAAAAAAGAGAGAAAAGGGACUGAAGGGAACGGCGAAAGACCAAACCAGAGGAUCUAGGGUUCCUUGGAUCACUCUGUGGCGCCUGUAGCCUAUAGAUUGCGAUCCGCCUUUUCUUAUUCUCUGCGAUUAGAUCGCGUAAAAUUUGUACAAUUAGGGUAAGUUAUGUUUAGGGCUUUGAGGACGCAGUAAAGACUUGGUUGUUGUUCCUCCCCCCCCUUGAAUAUGAGAGUAGUAGGGUUUACAUUUUGAUCGGAUAUUGCUCUAUUUGAAACCCUAAAUAAUACCGGGAAUCGGAGCAAGGAACAAAAAAAAAAAAAAGAAAAAAAAAAGUGGUCUUGGAAAUUUAUUGUAUCUCUAAAUAUGCGAGGAUUGCCUAAAUCGAAAAGAGUUUCUUGGGCUUCGGAUGUUAACCUUUGUCAGGUUAGGCUGUUUUUAUCAGAAGAUUCUCCUUCACAAGUUGGUUUAGAUUCUCAAGAUCACCUCCAAGCAAAGACAUCAUGGCCUUUGCAUUCAAGUGGUACAGGCUCUGAUGAUAUUCUACCUCCUGGCUUUGAAGGAGCUCAUCCUGCAAAUCAGUUGCAGACUAAAUUAUCUCAAAUUCCACAAGUGAAAUGGAUACGACCUUCAAGGAUUGUGCUGAAUAUUGCUUGGCAAGUGGUUGCUGGGGAAGACAGCAAAGAGGUGGAGACUCAAAAACAGAGAGAAAUGAGAGUCCUUGAAGCAGUUUAUCCACGCCCAUCAGCCAUUCCUCCAAAUCCCUCUAUUUUGGCGGAUGCAGAAGCCUCUCACUAUGACGAUGAGCAAACUCUGUCAAUACCAAUUACUCCAAUCGAAGACGAAGAUGCAGUAGCUGAUACAUUAUCUAUUUCUGUAGCACCAAGUUCACAGUCCUUUCAACAGUCUCCUGGAAUUCCAUCUUUAUCUCAACAUGGUGUAUUGAACUUAGCUAACCCUCUUGCCACUGAGAGACCAUCAGCUGGAAUGGUUGUUGGUACUGAACCAGAUGUUGCUGCUGCAGCAUCUGCAGCCUAUACUGCAAUUAUGAGUAGCAAUGACCAAGGGAAUUUGAUUGACCAGGAAUUGCUAAUUAAAAUUCUCAGCAAUCCAAAAAUGAUUGAGAGAUUGGUUACAGAUUAUGGAGCAGCUGCCACACAGAGCAUGCCUAUAUCAAGGGCACCUCCAGUGGCCUUACCAGAUCCACCUCCUGCUCACAUUAACAGGACACAAUCCAGCACACCUCUAUCGGGUGCUCUACCAACUGGACCUCUCUACCCUCAGCCAAAUGGGGCAGGCAUGGGACCUCUUCCUAAUCCACGGCUUCCACCGCCCCCGGGCAUUCCGAUUUCCUCCCAACCGUCUGUUGGAGCUCCACCAGCAAAAGACAUAAACUAUUAUAAGAGUUUGAUUCAGCAACAUGGAGGAGACAGGCAAGAGGCACUUCCCCAAUAUGGUAACCGUCAUCAUAGCCACCAAUCGGUGACAAACCAGGAAUCAGUAAAUAGCUAUAAAUCAAGAGAUUCCAAACCUAAGAUAAUGAAACCUUGCAUGUACUUUAAUACCCCAAGGGGUUGUCGGCAUGGAGCCAAUUGUGCUUACCAGCAUGAUACAUCAUUUCAGCAACGGGGUAGUCCUCUGCCUGAUGUGCCAAGUGCAAAGAGAAUGAAAAUGGAUAGGGAGAUUAGCAGUUAAAAAUGUAGUUCAUUAUGUACAUUUUUUUGGACGGAGAGUCUUAUUGCAGCUUAAAUUUUUCUCUUUUCCCAUCGUAAUUUUUAUCGCAAAUUUGCCAAGUUCUAUUGUUUUAAGGCCUUUUAUGAAACAAAAUUUAUAUUUUGGCGAGA